AUGCCUGCAUUCGGUCGCGGCGGAGCGGGAAACAUCGAAGCCCUCAAUGCGACAAAGACAACCAACGCGACAAACGAAAAGAUAUCCGCAGACCUCGAGCGCAACCAGCAAAAUGCCGAAGAAUACGCCGGCACCGCACACCCAGCACUCCACAACCAAGAAUACGCACAUACAGGAAGAGGCGGCGCAGGAAACUACUACUCUCCUCGCGAGCUCAAUGCGACCGGCAAGUUUGAAGGCGCAAAUACAAGUCAUGUUUUAGGCGAUGGUACGCCUGCGCCCAAGACGGAGACGAACAAGGAUAAGGAGACGACGGGCGUGCGCCAUGGUAGAGGAGGGAUGGGCAAUUUCUUUGGUGGAGACGAGGAUUCGGGGAAGAAGCAGGAGGAGGAGGCGCGAAAGCAGGAGGAGCUGAAGCAGCAGAUUGAGAGGGGUGUUGAUGAUGUGCUGUCUCGUCCUGAGAAGGCACGUCUGCCUGGUGGUGAGCCUUUCUAG